CGACCAAUGGAAAUGCCGCUUUGUCCCACGUGACCAAACACGGAAGUACAGUCUACAGCGGCGCCGCCACAACUUUUCAUUGAGAGACAUCAAGCUCCUCGCUUAUUCCUGCAUUUUAACUACUGCACGGGCACGAUAAGGCCGCUGCGUAUUAUUUCUGAGCAUUUGGUGAAUUAAACUCCACAGUGACUAUGACCCAGGCCGAAAAGGAGCAGGACAACGGGAAGGAGAAAGAGAAGGAACGAGACAAGGAGAAAGAGAAGGAGCAGCAGCGCGGAGUGAAAAGACCCAUCGCUCCUCCGACCAUCCCAGACCCCCUGCAGGAGCAAAUACAGAGCAAUUUCGUCAUCGUUAUCCACCCCGGGUCAAGGAUGCUGCGCAUAGGCCGAGCAACAGACACUCUCCCGGUGACAAUCCCACACGUGAUCGCACGCAGACACAAGCAGAGCGGACAGCCCAGAUAUGAGGAUGCCUGGCUGUUGAGAGAAGGCCUAAAUAAACCAGAGAGUAAUGAGCAGAGGCAGAAUGGGCUGAAAAUGGUCGACCAGGCCGUCUGGUCCAAGAAGAUGUCGAACGGAGUGCGGAGGACGCCGGUGUCUGCUGAACAGGCCAGAGCUUAUAACUGUCAGAUCCGUCCGGCUGUACUUGACAGCAGCUCCAGGGUGAAGUGGACCAACACAACCCACCAUCCCCCUCAGCUGGUGGGAGAGGAGGCACUUUAUGUGAAUCCCUCCGACUGUUACAACAUUCACUGGCCUGUAGUCAGAGGUCAGCUUAAUGUGCACGCCGGUCCCGGAGGCUCACUGACCGCCGUCCUGGCUGACCUGGAGACGAUCUGGGGUCAUGUCAUUCAAAAGCAAUUGGAUAUCCCUCUCAAAGACUUAAAGUAUUACAGAUGCAUCCUGUUGGUUCCCGACAUCUACAACAGGCAGCACAUCAAGGAAGUUGUCAACAUGCUGUUGCUUAAUAUGGGGUUCUCAGCGAUCAUCGUGCACCAGGAGUCGGUGUGUGCUACGUUUGGCAGUGGGCUGAGCAGUGCUUGUGUCGUGGAUGUUGGAGACCAGAAGACCAGUCUUAGCUGUGUAGAGGACGGAGUGUCCCACCGGAACUCCAGGCUGUGUUUGGCAUACGGCGGCUCAGAUGUGACACGUACUCUCUUCUGGCUCCUGCAGAGGGCGGGCUUUCCCUACAGAGACUGCCAGCUCUCCAGCAGACUGGACUGUCAGCUGCUGCAGCAUCUGAAGGAGACCUUCUGCCAUCUAGACCAAGACAUAUCAGGACUACAAGAUCAUGAAUUCCAGACAAGGUUCCCAGAAGCCCCAGCUCUACUCUACCAGGUUCGACUCGGGGAUGAGAAACUAGAGGCACCCAUGGGUCUUUUCUACCCGACCACAUUUGGCAUCGUAGGUCAGAAGAUGACAUCCCUUCAGUACCGUUCCCAAGGCGACUCAGAGGAUCCUCACGAUGAACAUUACCUGCUGGCCACACAGAGCAAACAGGACCAGUCCUCUAAAUCAGCUGCAGACCGGAAGGCUAUUUCCAGACCGGGUGGAGGUUUGGAUGGUGAGAUGAGCGGUCAGGGAGGAGUCGGAGAGCUCUCUGACUUGCCCAGGGCCUGUGGGAGUGGCAGCAGUGGAGGAGGGAUGAAGGGGGAGAUGGAGCUUGGGCCCGCCCAGGGAGAGUGCCUGAUGGGAGCGGGAGAGGUGGAAGAGCCCCUGUCUGCUCACCUCUCCAGGAAGACUGCCAUCAUGAGCCAGUUUGAGAGCAAAGCACUGGGCCUGGAUAAAGCCAUCCUGCAUAGCAUCGACUGCUGUGCAUCGGAUGAAACCAAGCGCAAAAUGUACAGCUCCAUCCUGGUGGUAGGAGGAGGGCUCAUGUUUCACGGUGCUCAGGAGUUUCUGCUUCACCGCAUCAUGAACAAGAUGCCACCCUCGUUCAGAAGGCUGGUAGACAACGUGGAGGUGAUCACGAGGCCAAAGGACAUGGACCCUCGGCUGAUAUCAUGGAAGGGGGGAGCAGUGCUGGCGUGUCUGGACACCACCCAGGAGAUGUGGAUCCACCAGAGAGAAUGGCAGCGCUUUGGUGCCCGAAUGCUGCGCGAGAGAGCUGCCUUCGUGUGGUGAAAACAAACCGACUUUACUUGAAUUGAACACAUUGUCUACACAUGAGGCGUUAGCGUGAGCAGCACGUCGGCAAAGCAGCAGCUUCAGUGCUCCGCCUGCCUCUACACAGGUUGCCUCUAGACAUGGUUUCGAGUGUUGGUCGCUUCACAAUUGAAGUGUAAAAGUAAGACAUAGUGACGCACAUCUUUGCGUUUAUCAUCAACAUGCAGAUUGGCUCAAGAUUAUACAACUUGACUCUUCAGAUUCAUACAGUAGAUAAGGCAACGCUCUGAUGAAAAUCUCGAGAGUUUUCCUCAUAAUCAGAGAACCAUCUCUGUGCAUGGUAGGAAAGUAUUUUGGCAGUUACAGCACUGUGAAGUCUUGUGUGUGAAUCUUAAUGUGCAGCUGAGGUCAUCGUUGUGUAACACUCUUAACAGAAGAGGGUGUUAACUUGUUAAUAUUGUGUAAAUAUUUCUGCUUGUCCUGUUUAUGGAAGUUUUGAUCGUUGUAAAUAAAGCCUUGGACGCUUGUUUACACAACAGAUGCAUUUUUAUUGAAACAAACAAAAUCCACCUUUCAGCCUUAUUGAAUUUCAGUACAAGGUUGCCUCAAGUCCAACCUAAAUCUCUCUUCACAAACCCAGUAACUCAAUACCCUUCAGCUUUACAUACAUUACACAACUGCAGCCAGUUUAAAGAGUGAGAAAACAGUAAUCUGCUCUGCAAUUAUCCACAUUAUAUCAUUGACAAAAUCGCCCACUAAAUAAAAAUCUACUUCUUUUCAUUAUCUUAUCACAUUGUCAAUAUUAAAGAACAUUCACAAUUAUACCAUGUAUUUUUUGUCAGUAUUGCCCACCUCUACAUAGAGGAAACCUUUGUUGUUACAAAGUGUGACAGUGAUGGAACAAGACAAACGCAGUAAGAAUAUGUUUUAACAGUUUUUAUUCAAACAGGAUACAAAACAAAGAUGAACUAACUUCAUGAUUUACCCGAGGAUGAUCUGACGGAGAUGUCAGUAACACACAUCUCUAGGAGACCGAUGUGAAAGGGCAGAAGCGGGAGGGGGAGGGGGGAAGUGAUGCAGAUAGCUGCUGAAUCAGCCAAUCUGGCCCCUACAUGUAGGAAUUCCCAGAAAGGCGUCAAGAAACUGCUUGUGGCAGCGGCAGCCAUGAAGAGGAGCCUCAGCACUGUGAC